AUGGACAUCCAACACCAGUUCCCUGGUGUGCACUGGAUUUGGGGCGGAGGAAUCUCUUUCGUUUAUGAGGUCCAUUCUCGUAUCGUGGUGAAAGUGCCGAAGCCUGGAGAAUUUGAGAGACAACAAUUCAAUAAAGAACUUGAGAUAUAUCAAAUAUUCUCGCAGAAUCCGCCUUGUUCCUCUAUUGUGCAAUGUUUUUGCUUUUCUCCUAGUGGUAUCUUUCUUGAGUACAUGAGAGAUAUGUCCCUUUCCUCUAGAAUACAAAACAAUCAUACCCGGGACCAACAAACUAUGGCAGUUACCACCGUGAACAAAUUAGAACCUCUAUCUCUACGAAAAGAAUGGAUGAAUGAUCUUGCUCAAGCUGUUGCAUUCCUGGAAUCUCUCAAUGUCGCUCAUGGCGACUUACGACCUGAGAACAUUCUGCUCGACCGCGAUCGACUAAAGCUAUCUGAUUUUGACUGUACAGCACAAAUUGGAACACAUUACGAAGCAUGCCUGGCUCCGUAUGGCCGACUACUCAAUAACAAUGAGUCUGAUCAAGGAGAAUGUGGGACAUUUGGAUUCCUUGGCCCUCGAACAGAACAAUUCGCCCUCGGUUCCUUGUACUAUCUGAUAAACUACGGGUUCGAGGUUUAUGGAGAUCGGUGUCUUGACGAAGAUCCGCACGAGCAUGGUCCCAGGGUGGUAGAGUUACUACAGAACAUGGAGUUCCCAAAAUUGAAUGGUGAUCCAUUGAUUGACGAUAUCAUUGACAGAUGUUGGCAUAAUCAAUAUGUUGAAGUUUCGGAAUUAGCUGCGCAUACGAAGACACUGUUAAGCGAACGAACCGAUGUGAUGGAACGUAACGAAAGCAGAAGGGAAAGCGGCAGAAUGGCAAUCUUUUCCAAAACAAUAAUCAAUGGAUGGCGAAUGGUGAUGGGUCGCAUAAUUGACGGGGUAUGUUAUGGCUUCAGAGUGUGGUGGAGAUUAUUAUCGAGGUUUCGCGGCGAGAUAACUGAGCGAACCAAUGGUGACAAUCAUGAUAGCAUGGAUCGAGACUACUUUGGGGAGGAAUUUCUUUCUAAAAGGGAGUUUUGCCAGAACCUGGAGAGACGGGGGCUGCUUCGUGUGCUUUCUUCAGGUGAGCCUGAGGAGAUUGGAUUCACUUUAAAAUGGUAUAGGCACAGUCUCAACGAUUAA